CUCAUUACGCGAGCAGGAACUUUUAACCGCAUCAAAAUAAAAUACUAUAAUUCAAUGAUAUUUCUAUUGCAUGAGAUUUACUCUAGCGUGUGCAUGCGUGAUAUGUCGCAUGUAUGCAGGUUUAGAUCCUCUCCGUAUGUUGAUGCUCACGUGAUGAUGGACAAUUGGAGAAUUUGGCACUCUGGAGUGACUUCCUGUCAUCUCUGUUAUUGUUGUUUAUGUUACUCACUGGAUUAAUGGAUGCUUGGCAGGCCAGAGUUUCAUAUUUCACUGAAGCUGUGCAGAGCAGGAGUAAAUCAAUAGCUGAAAUGAUGAGAGAGAGAGAGAGAGAGAGAGAGAGAGAGAGAGAGCUCCAUCCGGCACACAUGGGUUGCACGGCUGCUGCAGGCUCCGCAUCUGCCUCUCGCUUCCUCAAACUCCUCUGGAUCAGACCAUCUCGUCUCGCAGGAGGGACGGCGCUCACAGCCUGUCUGUUUUCCCCUGGAGUCGGCAUCUCAAGAGGGCCACACGGCACGCCACGUUGUGUGUCUAAUGCGACCGGUGACUUCAAACACACACAUGAUGCGUGGAUGCUGCAUCACGGGCAUGCGUGAGUCGUCACUCUGAAAGAUCCCCCCAUCGUUCUCCAUCCCUUUUGUUGUAGUCUGAUCUUUGGGCUUCCAGCCUCCGAGUCUGCAAGAGAUGUAAUGAAUGCGGUUCGCUGGCAGUGAUUGGUCUGCAUGCGUUUCGUCUGCAUGCGAGAGGCACACAGGUGAACUGUCUCCUGCACGCAGUGACUUCAAUAAGAUAUGUGUCACAAAGAUGUCUACUCGCAGCUGUCAGGGAUCAGACGCGCUCAUCAAGACGUUAGACACCAUCCCUGAAGACAAGAAAGUGCGAGUGCAGCGGACGCAGAGCGGCUUCGAUCCCUUCGAGAAACCCGCCAGCCAGGUGAAGCGCGUUCACUCGGAGAAUAAUGCCUGCAUCAGCUCCAAAAGCGCCUCCACCGGGAAAGAGUCUCCCAAACUGCGACGCCACUCCAGUCCCAGUUCUCCCACAAGCCCAAAGUUCGGAAAGACAGAUUCAUACGAGAAACUGGAAAAACUCGGAGAGGGUUCGUACGCCACGGUAUACAAAGGAAAGAGCAAGGUGAACGGGAAGCUGGUUGCGUUGAAAGUGAUUCGUCUGCAGGAGGAAGAGGGAACGCCGUUCACCGCCAUCAGAGAAGCGUCUCUUCUGAAAGGCCUGAAGCAUGCGAAUAUUGUGCUGCUGCACGACAUCAUUCACACUAAAGAAACGCUGACGCUGGUCUUUGAGUAUGUGCACACAGAUUUGUGUCAGUACAUGGACAAACAUCCUGGAGGGCUCCAUCCAGAUAACGUCAGGCUGUUCCUGUUCCAGUUACUGAGGGGUCUGUCCUAUAUUCAUCAACGGUACAUUCUCCACCGCGACCUGAAACCACAAAACCUGCUCAUCGGCGACACGGGCGAACUCAAACUCGCCGACUUUGGUCUGGCACGUGCAAAGUCAGUCCCCAGCCACACGUACUCUAAUGAGGUGGUGACUCUGUGGUAUCGGCCGCCAGACGUCCUGCUGGGAUCUACAGACUACUCCACCUGUCUGGACAUGUGGGGUGUCGGAUGCAUCUUCAUAGAGAUGAUUCAGGGAGUGGCGGCGUUCCCGGGAAUGAAGGACAUUCAGGACCAACUGGAGCGGAUAUUUCUCGUGUUGGGGACACCAUCUGAAGAGACGUGGCCAGGUGUGCACUCACUCCCUCAUUUCAAACCAGAUCGUUUUACUGUUUACAGCCCCAAGAAACUGAGGCAAGCCUGGAAUAAGAUGGGUUACGUGGAUCACGCUGAAGAGUUGGCGUCCAGGUUUCUUCAAUGCUUUCCAAAGAAGCGUCUCUCAGCGCAGGCAGCGCUCAACCACGAAUACUUCAGUCACCUGCCGCCGAGACUGUGGGAGCAUCCAGACAUGUCUUCUAUUUUCACCGUUCCCACCGUAAAGUUACAGCCGGAAUCUGGCGACAGCAUCCAGGUGUGCAGUAAGAGCAACAGUCACGGCAAACACUGACCUGAUGAACCGCACGCCACCAGUGACACAGGUUUUUGUCAGCCGUGAAGAAGCUGAAGGACAAAGAGAGGGGAAUUAUACGCGAGUGGCUCUUCUGUUUAUUUAUAUUAUUUGAUUUCCAGCUGAUUCGAACUUCCCUGUGAGACUGAGAGUGUGAAGACACAAGUCAAGCUGAAUGCAUCCAGUCAUUUCUGAGUUUAUCAUCCGUUUUUCCACUGUUUGUUUCCGAGGAAUGUUACGUCAUGUUCACACAUCGUCGACAUGCGAACAACGCUCGGAAACAUCAAGGGAAGGACUUCAAAAGGCAAUUAAUACGAGCUGGUUGUGUAUGUAGCUACCUAUGUAUGAAUGUAUAUAUUUGUAUGUACGGUAUAAUAUAAGUGUCUAUUGUAGAGAACAGACCAAAUGCCGUCCAGACAAUACAGAGCUAGCAUUUAGCAUUUCUUGCUACCUUCCACUUUCUGGGCUACUUUCUGAAACUUUUCAAUAAUACCGACAGUAAUAAAAAUAUUCGCACUGAUUAUGAUGUUGUCCAUGCGUUUGCAGCCUGAUGGUGCACGUUCACUCACUGCAGGGACAACGCUAAAGCAAUUAGCACCAUCGCUAGCGGCUGAGAAGCAUUCGGGGGGAUUAUCACGGUACUUGAGUAACACUUAUCUGUGUGUGUAUUUAAGUGUGCAUUGAGUGUUAAAUACAGGCAAUACGUUUGCACUGGUGCUACUGUGCAUGGGAAAGAAAUUCGGUCGUCCACGUUUAGAAAUUGAUUUGUUUUCGCUGUUCCGUCCCAAAGCUCGUGACAAUCUAAUAACGAAUUGCACUCGCUAACUGAUCAUCAACAUGGCCCGAAAAGAUGUUGUUUUGUACUGUUUAGGGGCUGUUCGCACAGACUACAUUCUUGCAUUCAUCUGCGUUAUUUUUAAAUAGUUAAAUACUUUGUAAACAUGCAUUAUGAUGCGAUGCAUCUGACUGUUUUUUAGUGUCUCGCGCCAUGAGCGCUAUGCAUAAUAAAAGUUCAUACGUGUCCCGAGGGCACUGUGAUUGGUCCCAUUUUGUUGCUGUUUUUGAACGCAAAAAUGCAUCCUGUGUGAACGCCCCCUUACCGCUUCGAAUUGCGUAGAAAUCGAAGUCUCGCUGAUAAGAUGCGUUCCUUUAAGAAGGACGGAGGGUGGUCUGAAGGACCCUUCUCCAAGUACUGAUCGGGGCUAUCGGUACGGCAGAUACUGCACUUCCUGUUCAUGUCCGCCUGUUUUGACUCAAUUGAUUUCUGCGCAACAGAUCUAUUGAGCGAGAUAAUAAUAUAAUCUAUGUUUGGGUCCAGUAUUAGGAAGCUGAGUCUCUCUGUGUUUAAAAAAAAUAUUUAGCUUUCUGUGAUGUAGUACAUUAGCAAUUGUGGCAGGGCGGAGGGCGGGGCUGGGUCGUGAUACCACACACCCGGUCCCGUAU